UUUAUGCCUUCGGUAGAGCAUGCACACAAAAAUCAGUUCAAAAGGACUUUCUGAUGGAGACUUGGAAAAAUACAAUUUAUCUCAGUGGACUCGACUGCGUUGUUAUAUUAGUUGGUCAGAUACAGUGAUAAAAUUACCCAUACACGUUUCUCUCUUUCUCAUGGUGCCCUAAUCUAAUCGGCAAACUCAGAAACAUCCACUAUCUCAGGGUAAUUUUUGUGUUAUUCCACGACACCAAUUGUCGCGCUCUCGAAGGUAGCAGUCUCGAUUGAGGACGCAGUGUAUACUACACAUACAUUUUUGCAAGGUGUCCUAGGUGUUGAUUCUUUAUCACAAAAUUCGCAUAAGGAUCAAUAUUGUACGUGUCCUGUGUGACCAAUCAGGAAAAGAUGCCACAAACUGAAUGCAGACUAUUAUGUUAUCAUCCACAAUGGCUACAACAAUUCGCUAACACGCGGACAUUUAUUGUUGUAUAUGGAUUCCUUGGCACGGUACAAGCCAUGUGCUAUAUGUACUUCGUCAUCACGCUCACCACCAUUGAGAGGAGGUUUAAAAUUCCUUCCCACACAACAGGCAUCAUCAUGAGCGGCAACGAAAUCUCGCAAAUUCUUCUAUCUCUUUUUCUGUCCUACGCUGGUGGGCAGCGCAACAGACCUCUUUGGAUUGCCUGGGGAGUGGCUAUUUGUGGAUUCUCAUGUUUUAUUCUCGCUCUCCCGCAUUUUAUAUAUGGUGCUGGAGAUGAUGCCUUACGCCUUACAAAAGAGUUCCAAGAUAAAUUUGAAAAUAACAUUUUAUUUGCGAACUCAUCCAAUUUGAUGGGUGACGGCUCUCAACGUCUUUGUUCCAUGACUGAUACCAACAAAUCCCAUGAUUGCGAUGAAUUAUUUUCAGUCGUACCUCUAGUUCUUAUAUUCCUUUCUCAAUUCAUACUUGGUAUAGGGAAUACAUUGUACUAUUCACUAGGGCAGGCCUAUCUUGAUGACAAUACCAAGAAAACCAAUACACCUCAACUACUUGGCUAUGCCUUUUCACUUCGUAUGCUUGGACCACUGAUUGGUUUCUUCGUGGCCUAUGCUUUCCUCAACAUGUACAUUGAUCCCACUAAGACACCCUUGAUCAGUCCUGCGGAUCCUCGAUGGAUGGGAGCUUGGUGGAUGGGAUGGAUUGUUGUUGGAUCCAUAAUGAUGGUUUUUGCUAUAUUAAUUGGAAUGUUUCCUAAAGAUCUACCCAAAAAACCCAAAAAAAAGACUUUUGUUAAUGGAAAUGAAGCCCUUGAGGAAGAGGAAGCAGUACCGCUAAAAGAGAUUUCUAAGAUGAAUUCUGAAAGUCAUUCCGAAGAAUCACGCCCUGAAAUUGUUAUAAAUGCCAAAAUGAAGGAUUUUCCAGUAGCCUUAGCUCGACUUUUUCGUAAUAAAGUAAUAAUGUUCAACAUUAUAUCAGGCAUCUUCUACAUCCUAGGUGCAAGCGGAUACAUGACAUUUUUCGCCAAAUACAUCGAAGUGCAAUUUCAUAAAGCUAGGUCUGACUCCACCAUUAUUGCUGGUCCUGUUAAUCUUUUCGGCAUGGUGGCAGGUUUCCUUAUAUCUGGAUGGGUAAUAACGAAAAAGAAACCUUCGGCAUCAAAACUUCUGUUUUGGAACGUUAUAUUAGGUUGCAUCUAUGUAACUGGAACAGCAUGCUACCUUUUCCUGACAUGCCCUGACAAUAGCAUGCCCACACCUGUAAAUGGUAUUCUCAACCUCACAAAAUCCUGCAAUGAACACUGUUUUUGUGAUGAUGUUCCCUACAAUCCUGUUUGCAGCGAAGCUACUGGAGUAACGUACUUCUCAGCUUGUCAUGCUGGGUGCACAAGUUGGGAUUCCAAAGAAAAAUACUACUCAGGCUGCUCCUGUUUAUCUACAAAAGCACCACAAGUACAUCAAGAUACAUCUCCGAACAGAACACAUUUUAAAUGGACACCUCUUACUCAACUAAUUAAACCGGUGACACAUGGAAAUGAUUAUGAAGAGAUCACACUAGACUUCACAAAUGGUGACGAAGAAAUCACAAAUGUAGAAAUAAAUUCAACAACUCCAUAUCCUAAAAAUACAAUAAACAGUAUAAAAGUAGAAGCUGAAGAACUAGCUACAAAUAAUGCUACUACUGAUAUACAUUACAUAGCUCAACCAGCGGAAAUGCCGGACAAUGAAGAACAAUAUUUACCAAAAACAAGAAAACGAAGAAAUAUCUUGGAAUCAACUAUAAAAACACUAAAAACUAUCCCAGGAGCAUGUAUGGCAGGAUGCUCUCAAGGAUUCUUUCUUUUUGCACUUGUUUCGAGUAUAACAAAUUUUAUGGGAGCUACUGGGAAGAUCGGGAAUGUUCUAGUCAACUACAGGGCCGUUUCCGUAGAAGAUAAAAGUUUUACCCAAGGACUAGUUCUAAUGAUGUUCAGCCUGUUUGGGUUGAUUCCUGGACCGAUUCUUUAUGGCUGGAUCAUCGAUCAAACCUGUAUGGUGUGGAAUUACCGCUGUGAAAAAAUCGGAAACUGCCAAGUGUAUAACCAACGGGAUUUUCGCAUUUAUGUUAAUUCAACGGCUAUUGUUCUAACAAGUCUUGGAAUGAUAUUUGACUUUCUCGUAUGGUACUAUGGGAGAAAAUUAGAUUUCUACAGUGAGGAUUAUGCUGAAACAAAUCAAAAGAAACUCAGGAGCAAAACCGAACGAUAGCUGCUCUAAGUUGACUUUUGGUAUAUACUGUACCUCCUUGGUAUAUACCUACAUUUUGGAAUAUUUUAUAAAAUAUAAUAUAUGAUUAUUAAAUAAAAGAAAAAAUUCUAUAGUU